AUGUUCACCAACCUCGAGUGCCUUGUGGCCUGCCCUGCUUAUCCCAACGAAGUCCAGCUUGGGGCCAUCCUGGGUCAGUUACUCGAUGGGCUGUCGUAUAUCGAGAGCGAGAAGGUCAAGUGUGAAACGCUCGUCGGGAGCCAGCAACUGCCCGAUGACACCCAUCGAAUAUACCGCCGACUGCUCGACGUCGCUAAUUACGGCGAGGGCAUAUACCCCCCUGAAGUCAAAGGCCGGAUUCUGGCCUCGCUGGGAUCUCGGACUCGCCCGCCGCCCGACAACUUCUGGGCGGCCUGCCAUACACAAACAGGAUCACACAUCCGGACUGGUCAUGCAACUGAAGAAGGUGUCAGCCCUGCCAUUGACCACUUCUUGCAGGCAGAGAUGGAUGGCCUAGAAAGGAUUGAGCACACCGCUCGCACCUCUCUCGACACUGGCAGAUCUGAGUCGGCUUGGGACGCCUUUUUGCAUAUUCCUCUACUGCAGCUUGCCCUCCGAGGCUACCACUACAGGGAUCACGCUUUGCAACCUUCUAAGUGUGGACCAGCCCUGGAGCUUUGUACCACGGCCAGAAUCGUGCCUCAAUUCGCCCCGGGGGCUGCUCAAGGCCCCACAGGGCGUGGCCCUGACUGGGCGGCUUCGAAGAUGGUCGAUAUUGUGCUUGGGCUUCGUUUGGAUUCGAGUCUCCCAGAUGAUCCUACUCACUCGACGGCUCCCUCCGCCCCCGACAUCCAAGGACACGCUGGCUCAACCCCCAAUUUCGAUGCCCAACUACCGCCCAAACUCGACGAUGACAACAUGAGGAAGCUUCACAAGGCCAUCCGCACAGUGGUCGCAUUGCAAGUACAACAAGACGGGACUGUUUGGGGCUGUUGA